AUGGGCGCCGGAUGCAAGGGAGACCCGACCAGGAUAGUAUUCGGUGAUAUUGGAACAAGCAAAGAUGACGGACUAUCACGAGAUACGAGACGACGACUUAAGCUUCUUGGCAUUACUAGCGGCAUACUAAUUGUUUACUCUACUGAGCAAUCUGGAGAAGGAAAGGCAGAGCUGUUACCACUCCCCGAAGAGGAAUUCCAGAAAGGAUCUGUUGGCGACCUUGGCGUGAUGGCCAACUUUCGAGUGCGAAUCCUUCCGGUUCUGGGGACGAUGCCAGCAAUCUUUGGCAGCUCGCCAUUGUGGCCCUCUGUCAAUUAA